AUGCUGCUCUUUUGUGUGAUAAUAUGUCUGCCAUGGAUUCUUCAAAGUCAAGUCUCACCUUCGCUGACACUGCGGUUGGCACACGGGGAGAAUUCCUGUGCUGGACGCGUUGAGCUAUUCCACGAGGGAGCAUGGGGAUCAGUCUGCGAUGAUGGCUGGAACCGAGUCAAUGCUGAUGUAGUGUGCCGGCAGGCUGGAUGUGGGAGCACUCUUCAGCCCAUCGUUAGCUAUGGACCGGGCAAUGGCACAGUUCUUCUAGACGAUGUAAUUUGCAAUGGAAAUGAGCAAGAACUGUGGCAGUGCACACAUCGUGGGUGGUACAUACAUGACUGUGGAGCUCAGGAGCAUGUAGGCGUGAAAUGUGCAGUUCCCGGUCUUUCGGAAUCCAGUAAUUCUGCAAUCCACGUCGAGCUGCGCCUAUCUGCUGGUGGGAACCGAUGUGCAGGCCGCGUGGAGGUGUACUAUAACAACAAUUGGGGCACAGUGUGUGAUGAUUCGUGGGACCUCAAUGAUGCCCAUGUUGUGUGCAGACAGCUAGGCUGUGGAACGGCUACAUCUGCUCUUGCCCUGGCAUAUUUUGGUCAAGGAAAUGGGAGCAUUCUUCUGGACGAUGUGGCUUGUGUUGGUGAUGAAUCUCUCCUUGCGCAAUGUAACCACAGAGCUUGGGGUGUGCACAAUUGCAUGCACAGUGAAGAUGCAGGGGUGAUUUGUUCAGCUGCGGGAUCCCCACCAUCGGCACCUUCAGGUUCAACUUCACCAGUAACAGCAAGGCAAACUAUUGCAGGUUUAGAAGGGCCUUUUGGUUUGCGUCUUGUGGAUGGAAGUAGCCGGUGUGAAGGACGCCUUGAAGUUUUCUACCUAGUGACGUGGGGAACAGUUUGUGAUGACUUUUGGGAUGUGAGAGCAGCCAUGGUUGUGUGCAAGCAGCUAGGCUGUGGGGUGCCCUUUUCUACGAUUGUCCAAACGCAAUUUGGCAGAGGGUCUGGACCAAUCUUACUGGACGAUGUGACUUGUAGGGGUACAGAGUCCUUUCUGUGGCAGUGUCCCCACAGAGCGUGGGGCAUUCAUAACUGUGAUCACAGCGAGGAUGUCAUUGUGGUUUGCACAGGUUCAAGUCCAGCCGUCACAACAAAGAGAAGUACAGCAGGUUUACCUUCUACCAUCACAGCAAUGAGAAACAGAACAGGAUGAGUAUCAAAAAAACCCUGUGAAGGAUGAUUUCCAUAUCGUGACACAACACUUCAUCUCCAGAGAUUUGUAACUUUUCAUCUUC